AUGGAUAACAGCAGUAGUCUUGUUCUUCUCCUUACCUUGCUGCUGCUGAACAUGAGCAGUCCCAAAGCCUCCACCCCUCCUGCUGACUGCGAGGUGGCAGAACCUCCACCCCCAGGAGCCGGCUCCAGCAGGAACCACUCGCUGGUAGAGUACGGGCUGAGCCCGGGGGAAAUCGCAGCUGCCAGCGUGGUUUGGGGAGCGCUGUGGCUGAUCUCUGUCCUGGGAAACUUCCUCGUUUGCUUAGUGAUCCACAGGAGCAGGAGGACACAGUCCACCACCAACUACUUUGUGGUGUCCAUGGCCUGUGCAGACCUGGUGAGCAGCGUGGGGAGCGCGCCCUUCCUGCUGCUGCAGCUGAGCUCCGGGCGGUGGAUGCUGGGCAGCGGCGUGUGCCGGCUGGUCAGGUACAUCCAGUACCUCACGCCCGGGGUCCAGAUCUACGUGCUCCUCGCCAUCAGCGUGGAUCGAUUCUACACCAUUGUCUACCCCCUGAGCUUCAAAGUGUCCAGGGGGAAAGCCAAAAAAAUGAUUUUGGUCUCUUGGCUCUGGGGUGCUCUGUUUGCAUCACCGGCCUGUUUUCUCUACGGCUCCAGCAGUGACCACCACUGCAACUUUUUCCUCCCCAGUUCUUGGCUAGGAGCUGCCUCUGGUGGCAUCCACCUCUCAGUGCUGUCGCUUUUGAUCCCAUCACUCCUCAUUAUCCUCUGCUACCAGAAACUCUUCAUCUACAUUUGGGGAAGUGGCGCUGAGGACACAGCUGGCAGGAAGACAAUGAAUCUCAUCUCAAGAAGAAAAGAGAAAACUGCCAAGAUGUUCUUCAUCUUUGUCUUGGAUUUUCUCCUGUCCUGGCUCCCUUUCUUCACGGUACAGUUGUGGCACCCACAGGAAACAGACUACAGAAAGAGCUCCUUGCUUUUCCUGGCUGUCACCUGGAUCUCUUUCAGUUCCUCAGCUUCUAAGCCAAUCCUCUUCUACAUUAAUAAUGCAAACUUCAGAAGAGGAAUGCAAGAAUUUUGUUGCGUGUGGAAAUACCCCAGAAGCAAGAUCUACACCAUUACCAUCAGUUCCAGGACAGACAAAAAUAAUCACGUGGGGAUCAGAGAUACCCCAGCACCAGCCCAACCUUACCAUCACCUGUGA